AUGAAAGGCCCCGGGCAGCGGAAGUCGUCACUCAGAGGAGGCCGUGCGUCGCGCCGCGAAUCCCGCAUUAGACUCGCCAUGGCAAUGGGUGGCGGCGGAGGCGUCCGGGAGCGGGAAGACUCGGUGGUGUUCCGGCGUGGCACAGGCCAGAGUGAUGAUUCUGACAUUUGGGAUGAUACAGCAUUGAUAAAAGCCUAUGAUAAAGCUGUGGCUUCAUUUAAGCAUGCUCUGAAAAAUGGUGACAUUUGUGAAGCUUCAGGCAAGCCAGAAGAUACACCUAAAAGAAAACCUACAAAGAAGAAAAAGAGUCAAAAAAAGAAUACCACAACUGCAUUGAAACAGUGGAAAGUUGGUGAUAAAUGUUCUGCCAUUUGGUCAGAAGAUGGCUGCAUUUACCCAGCGACCAUUGCUUCACUUGAUUUUAAGAGAGAAACUUGUGUCGUGGUUUACACUGGAUAUGGAAAUAGAGAGGAGCAAAAUCUCUGUGAUCUACUUUUACCAGCCUUUGGAGCAGUUAAUAAUGUAGAGCAGAAUACUCAGGAGAAUGCUCAAGAGAAUGAAAAUGAAAGUCAAAUUUCAACAGAUGAAAGUGAGAACUCCUCCAGGUCUCCUGGAAAUAAACCAAAUAACAUCAAGUCUAAAGCUACUCCAUGGAACUCUUUUCUACCUCCACCACCUCCAGUGCCCGGAGUGGGACCUGGAAAGUCAGGCCUAAAAUUUAAUGGACCACCACCACCACCACCACCACCCUCCUUUCUAUCAUGUUGGCUACCUCCAUUUCCUUCUGGACCACCUAUAAUCCCCCCACCACCUCCCAUAUGUCCAGAUUCUCUUGAGGAUGCUGAUGCUCUGGGAAGUAUGUUAAUCUCUUGGUACAUGAGUGGCUAUCAUACUGGCUACUAUAUGGGUUUUAGACAAAAUCAAAAAGAAGGAAAAUGUUCCCAUUUCAAUUAA